CUGCAGUAGCAGGAACAGUACCUAGCCAAAAAGCAGCGGCGCUCUCAGUUCAGCGCCUUGGCGCGAGCAUUAGAGAGAGCUAGCACGUGCUAACAGGGGCGAGGACGUUUUCCGUGCGCGAUGACGUUGAUUGAUGCCAAACUCACGCCUGUCAGGCCUGUCAAAGGCGGUUAAUGGGCGGAGGGGGUGUUUGUUGGCGACAGGCGGCGGCUGGACAGAGCGGGGCGGCAGCGCUGCUAGUGGAGGCGGAGAGGAGCGGCAAUAACAAGCGCGGCUCAGGGUCGGGCGGCUGCAUCCUGUACCGAGUUAGAGCGGUUUAUUUUUUAAAUCCCCCUUCUCCCCAUCCACCUGUCAGCAUUUGUGAAGAAAGAACGAGGGAUGGACACUUCCAACGAAGAUUAACACAGGCGAGGAAGGAAACAAUGUGGCUUGAACUGAAUGAGAAGCUAGGAGUUUGAUGACGUGCGGAAGGAGGUGCUCCUUUCUUCUACCUUUUUCACCCUCCAGUAUUUGGUUCUUACAACGAUACAGCAGAACGAGCCGAUUGGUUUGCUACAAAGUGAUCCAGCACCUGAAGUAGGAGAAGAUGCAAUUGCAACUGCUGAUCUUGGAGGUGGAAUGACAGAUGAUGAGCGAGAAGAGCUGACAAAUGAACUUACCAAAGUGGAGGAGGAAAUCCAAACACUUUCUCAAGUGCUUGCAGCUAAAGAAAGACACGUUGCUGAGUUAAAGAAGAAACUAGGAUUGACUCCACUACAUGAACUUAAACAGAAUUUAUCAAAAAGCUGGUUAGAUGUGCAAUCUUCCACAGCAUUCAAGAAGACUUCUGAAACCCUCUCUCAGGCUAGUCAGAAGGCUUCCUCUGCAUUUACUCAUUUUGGUUCGGCCAUUACCAAAAAAUUUGAAGAUGUUAGAAAUUCACCAACUUUCAAGUCAUUUGAAGAUAGAGUUGAAAACUUAAAGUCUAAGGUCGCAGGCAACAAGGAAGGUGGCGGCGAUUUUGGGAAUGUUCUAAACUCUGCAGCAAACGCAAGUGCCACAGAGGCCAUUACAGAAGAGGUUUCAGAUGUUCAUGAAGCUCAUUAAAAUACUGCUUUAAGUCCAGCUUUUCUUUGACACAAUACAAAUCAAGCAAAUGGUACUAGUAGUUGCAAAUAAUGGCUUUCUUCCAUUAGUGUGUCUCUGUCUCACUACGAUGCCUCUUGUAUUUAACAGCUCACAAGAUCUGGCCUGCCCCUAGAUUACUACACUUUCAAUUUGUUAUUGAUCUAAAACUACUUUGGUCCUCAACAGCAAAAAAUGUUUUGUUUUAAGUGAAAUACUUUUUUGGUGAAAAUACUUGGGUUAAUGACUAUACUAAAACCCUGCCUCAUGUUAUACCAGCAAAACUCUCUUGAUAUGUGGAAUAUUAAAUUGAGAUGGAUUACACUUUCACUCUUGUUUUUUUCUGAAGUGGGUUAUUUUGAACUAUUGAAAUGUACAACACGAAUUUGGUGACAAACAGACACAAGCUAUUGCUCAGCUCAAAAGUGAUGGUGUAUCUUUUGUGUAAGAUCAUUUUAAAAAUAGAUGCCAUUCAAAUACAUUGUGAAAGAUCUUUCUUUGGUUUUUGGGAGGUGUAAUUUGUUCCAGCUAUAUGGUACAAGACAUAUUUGUAGGAAAUUGUCAUAAUCUGAAUAGAAGUUUCCACUAAUUAGCAUUAUCAUCAGACGUAGAAUUCAGUAUGUGUUGACUUUUUUUGCUAUUUUAAAAUAAAAACCUAUUCAUCUAGUUCUCAUGAGUACCUGGCAAAGUAUUUUCUUGCAUAAGGGCUUAUAGGUUUGUGACUUGAAUGUGUUUAUAUCUAUGAGAGGUGAUUGUACAUGUACACUUCUCAUUUUAAUGCAUGUUGGCAGUUAGCAGCAUUUAAGGAUUCAGAAUUUUGGGUCUGAGUUUUGAAGACUAAAUGAAUGGAUGGUAUUGAUUAAAAGUUGUUGCAUUAAUACAUAUUUGAAAUAUUUGAGGUUCAUGAGUUCAAUGUUAACAUUGUAAAAUGGUAAUUUUGUUUUUUGUCCAUUUAGCCAAAUGAAAUGCUGUACAGUCACAGCACUAUCUUAGUAUUUUCUGUUUUAAAAAAAAAGCAAAACUUUUAAUAAAGAUUGCUGAUGGUGAAA